UUUCAACAUUCAAUUUUCCAACGUCUAUCGCAUUUUCCAUUUGUUUUUGGUAACAACAUUAUUAUAUAUUUUUUAAAGAACAUAGCUUUUCUUUAUUGUGUGUGUGGAUAGUGGUUGAUGUGAAACAAAUGAAAAUUUAUGCUAAAAUAUGUGUGUAAUUAAUAUUUGUUUGUGUUAAUGGUUUGAGAGAAGAAAACGCAGUAAAUCGAAGAAAAAAAGUGCAACCCAUCUUUUUCAAAGCAAUCACAAAGUGCGCGCGGUUAAAAAAUGGAGGACAUUGAAUCCCAUGUGAUGGGACUGGAAAGAUUUGAAAGUAAAUUGGAGAACUAUUCAGACUCUGUAUUGGACAAGGAUGAUAUUGAAAAUGUUUCCCAUAAUAAUCAUCAUCCGAGUGAUUAUAAAACACCAAAGAAAUCAACGUUUUUGAUCGAUGGUGAGAAGCUGCUGGACAAAAUUAACAUACUGACAACAAAGCCGGAAAAUACAUCGACCAGUGCAAAGCUUCCAACAAUUAAGGAUUUCGUCAUUAUCAAACCCAUCAGUCGGGGAGCUUUUGGCAAGGUAUUCUUGGGCUAUAAGAAUAAUGAUCACAAUAAAUUGUAUGCCAUCAAAGUGAUGCGUAAAUCUGAAAUGAUUAACAAAAAUAUGGUUUCUCAAGUGAUAACGGAACGAAAUGCCUUGGCAUUAUCGCGCAGUCCGUUCUGUGUAAAUUUAUUCUAUUCGUUACAAUCGGUGUCCUAUGUGUAUUUAGUUAUGGAAUAUAUGGUGGGUGGGGAUUUAAAAUCAUUGUUGACAAUGUACGGUUAUUUGGAUGAAGCUGCUGCACGUUUCUAUGUUGCCGAAGUGGCUCUGGCUUUGCAAUAUUUACACGAACAUGGGAUAAUUCAUCGAGAUAUAAAACCAGAUAAUAUGUUAAUUUCGGCAACGGGCCAUGUAAAGCUAACAGAUUUCGGUUUAAGUAAAAUUGAAAUGAGAAAAGGUGAAAGAGAUUUGGAAAUUUCCGAUCUUAUUAACUGUUCGCCAAAUUUAAAUGCUCGAACACCUGGACAAUUGCUUUCAUUGACAUCGCAUUUAUCCUUUGGAUCUGAAAAGAAAAUGGAAUGUGGGACGGGAACUUCACAUUUUAUUAAUACCAUAAAUAAACACAAUAAUAUUAUGGAAUCUUCGGACAGUGAAGCUGACACAUCAUUAAAUGAUGCCGAGAAAACAGACGAUAGUAAAAUAUCUGGAGUAUCACCUUUCUUUUCAGCCGAAGAGAUAAAUGUUUCGAUAGCGGGAACGCAUACAUGUAACAAUAAUAAUUUAAUGGAUAGUAGCUCAUCAUAUCACACCUGCAUUUCUGUAGAUAUAACAAAAAUAUCACCGCCAAUGGAUAAUCAAGUUUUUAGUAGUUGUAGUUCGAUGAUACCAACACAAAAACGUGUCGAAUUUGUCGACAACAACAAUGCAACAAAGGCAUAUUGCAAUGGCUGCAAAUAUGAAAUAACUAAAGCCUAUGAAAAAGACAACAUCUGUAAUAAGAACUUAGCAAAAGUGGAAAACGCUGACGAUACAUCGUUCGAAUUUUCUAUGAUGCGUCGACGUUCCAUAGAUGAGCGUAUUCGUUUGUCAAAACCUCAAGAAGAUUCGGGAGUAUCAAGUCGAAAAAGUGAUUAUUCCACUUCCAAUGCCAAUAGUGAAACCACGACAUCUUCCAUUGAUAAAGCUGAAAAUAUGUGCAAUUCUGGAGAUGAUUUUAGUUGCUCAGAUUACUCUAAAAGCAUUAAUAUAAAUAAUACCAAUGAAAUGAGCGGAAUACGUAUGCAUUCGCCAUUUCGAAAUAUAUCAAGAAACUUCAAACGUCCGGAACUUCAAAGCUCAUUUCGUGGCAUGAAACGUAAAAUCAAUUUAAUAAAUCGUUCGGAAAAUAAUUCCAGUCUGGAUAUUGACGGUUGUAUGGGAUCGGCAAGUACGGGUUUGACGCAGGAAAUUGAUAUCUUGGACAUUGGUUCGAGUACACCAAAGAAGCGUAAAGCAAAAUCACCCAUUAGAGGUGUACUUAAAGUACGUUCUCUCUCGGAUGAUGAAAUUCCCCAACCAAUAUCCGAUAAUGUGGCAAAUGUUGUCUUUUCAACACCGGUGUCAUCGCAAAAAUUACCCCGGCGUGAUGGCGGUCUAUUGGGAAAAUUAAAGGCAACACGUUUUGCUUUGCCACUCUCAAUUGAAACGAAAAAAAUAGAACAAUUGUCAGAGAAAACAUCGGGUGUGCAAUAUUUAAAGAUGGCCCACGAUGAUCCAACAAUGUCACCAAUCAAUCUCAAUACGAACAAUAUACCGAAGACACCGAAAAAUAUCAAUACACCGUUUAGAACACCAAAAUCAGUGCGAAGAUGUGGUCGGAAUUCCAGUGAGCGAAUAUUGGGUACACCGGACUAUUUGGCACCUGAGUUACUUUUAAAACAAGGUCAUGGUCCCGCUGUAGAUUGGUGGGCAUUAGGUGUUUGCUUUUAUGAAUUUCUAACUGGUAUACCACCUUUCAAUGAUGAAACACCCCAAAAAGUAUUUGACAACAUUCUGAACAAAAAUAUUGAAUGGCCCGAAGGAGAUGAAGCCCUCUCACCUGAAGCCAUGGAGGCUGUUGAUCUAAUGCUUACCAUGGAUCCGUCGGAACGACCAGCCGCCAAGGAAGUUCAACAAAUGGCUUUCUUCUCCUGUAUCGAUUGGGAUAACAUUGAAAACGAGGAAACACCUUUUGUGCCAAAUCCAGAAAAUCCCACUGACACCGGCUACUUUGAGGCUCGCAAUAAUUUACAACAUUUAAAACUAUCGAAUUUUGCUCUGGAAGACUAAAUGGUGCAUCCGUGUUGUUCUAUCCGAUGAUGAUGAUAAACGGUGCCCUUAUUUAUUGUUGUGAUACGAUUUAUACAAAUUUUGUAAACUCUGUUGUUAUCUAUUGUUUGUUUCGUAAACAUUCAAUUGAAGAAACCGCUGGAGCCAGGCUGCAUCCUUAAAAAAACCUUUUAAAAAAUUACUCUUAACAUUACCCUCAUAAUAAUCUGUCCCAUAUUCAUUCUCUAGCUCAUAUGAAAGAAAACAUUAAUUUUAUAGCCGCUUUUAUUGUUUUUAUAUAAUUUCUUAUGAUUAUUAUUAUUUUUUGUUUUAGUGGUUAUGCAUGUUUUUAUUUUUAUGUUUUUUUAUUAGUGUUUUUAGUUUAAGAUCCUUCUAUAGAUUUAUCUCAAGCAUACAUAUAUAUUUUUUUCAUUUAAAAUUAGUACAGUCAGUUAUGUAUAACCAUUUUUAUUAUUUAAUUAUUAUUUUAAAUCAUUACACAUUAAUAGACAUUUUUGAAUGUUUAAAAGAUAUUCUUCCCUAUUCUUCCUCUUCCUCUGCUUCACCUUUAUACAGUAAUAAAAUGCCAUUGUUUUAA